AUGCGUUGGCUCACUCUCGUCUCCUUUUGGUCGGCCAGCGGGGUGCUCGGGGCGGCGGUGCCGAGUGGUUGGGAGCUGGAACAGAAGCCGCUUGGCCGCCUCGCACCGAUUUCGACCUCGGCUACGCAAUAUCUGCCGUGUGAACAGACAUAUGGCAAAGGAUGGGAGAACUGCGGGGACGUGAACAUGAGAUCCUGCUACAGCCCAGCUUUGGGCCAGACCGAAGACCUCGAGUCCUGCGCCAGGAAUGCAGGUUUCACGCUGCCAAGCAAUGAGACGUCUGCCAACCACGCGACAACCGCAGCCUAA